AUGGCAAUAGAGACUGUUCAACCAAGUGUUGGCUUGUCAAAAAUUGCCAUUUCCGAAACUCAUGGAGAAAACUCUCCAUAUUUUGCAGGAUGGAAAGCUUAUGAUGAAAAUCCAUAUCAUGAAAAACAUAACCCUUCUGGUGUCAUACAAAUGGGCUUGGCUGAAAACCAGGUUUCUUUUGACUUGCUUGAAGACUACUUGGAAGCUAAUCAAGAAGCAGCAAGUUGGGGAAAAAGAGUGUCUGGCUUCAGAGAGAAUGCUUUGUUUCAAGAUUACCAUGGGCUUCUAGCUUUUAGAAAGGCAAUGGCACGUUUUAUGGAACAAGUAAGGGGAGGAAAAGCAAAGUUCGACCACGAAAGAGUUGUUUUAACCGCCGGUGCAACUGCCGCCAACGAGCUUCUAACCUUUAUUUUGGCUAAUCCUGGCGACGCGUUGCUAGUUCCCACUCCUUACUAUCCAGGAUUCGAUCGAGAUUUGAGAUGGAGAACGGGUGUUGAAAUCGUCCCAAUCCACUGCGAAAGUUCAAAUAAUUUCCAAAUCACUCCUGAAGCCCUAGAAGCAGCAUAUGCGUAUGCAACAUCCAUGGGCAUGAAAGUACGAGGGGUUCUUAUAACAAACCCCUCAAAUCCGUUGGGUGCAACCAUCCAACGGAAAGUUCUAGAAGAGAUCUUAGAAUUUGUCACGACAAAAAACAUACAUUUAGUCUCCGACGAAAUCUAUUCUGGAUCAGUAUUCCACUCCAACGAAUUCGUUAGUAUUGCAGAAAUCCUCGAAUCAAGAAACUACAAAGAAGCCGAACGUUGUCACAUUGUUUAUAGCCUUUCAAAAGACCUUGGCCUCCCGGGAUUCCGAGUAGGGACGGUGUACUCUUACAACGACCAAGUGGUGACAACCGCUAGGCGAAUGUCAAGUUUCACCCUAAUCUCAUCACAAACACAGUUUCUAUUAGCAUCCAUGUUAUCAAACAAGGAAUUUACGGAGAAAUACAUAAAGAUCAAUAGAGAAAGGCUAAGGAAACGAUAUGAAAUGAUGGUUAACGGGUUAAACAAGGCAGGGAUCGAGUGUUUGAAAGGGAAUGCCGGCUUGUUUUGUUGGAUGAACUUGAGUCCAUACUUGAAAGAUGCUACAAGAGAAGACGAACUUGAGAUAUGGAAGACGAUAAUGGAGGAGGUUAGGCUCAAUAUCUCGCCGGGAAGCUCUGGCCGGUGCUCAGAGCCAGGUUGGUUUAGGGUUUGUUUUGCAAAUAUGAGUGAAGAAACACUUGAAGUGGCACUUAGAAGAUUGCAUGAGUUUAUGGAUAGAAGAAGACAAGGCAUGGCCACAAACUAA